AUGAUUAUACUGUCAUCAUCGUCGCACAGAAGGGAGGCGAAGUUUGAAUCGAAAACGGUUUUAAAGCGUAUUAUUCCGCAAAGUUUGGAAACGACGGGCAGACUGACAGCGGUGUGUGUGCCUACAUUAUACAUAGGUAACAAUAUUAUACUAUUACAAUGCGACGAUUCGUCGGACGGAACCGGCGCGAGUUUACUGAGGGAAAACUACAGUGUAAAAACUCUGGUCAGGUCGACUGAUCAUCAGAGUGUUCUACUUUCAUUCGACGGUAGAACUAUUCCCAUCGCAGCGACGACGUCGAUGAAAACAACGACUGCGGCAGAAAUGAACACAGUCGACAAAGUGGAGUGUGGGGCGGUUCGACCUAUACCAUGGUAA